AUGCACAAACCGAGGCCCAGCUGGCGGCGGACGAGUGCCCCGGCGACCCGGCGCGCACGGCCGUCGCCCUUGACCACGCGACACAAGGUCACGGAGGUCCAGACCCCAGCUCCGGCUGCCCUCGCGCGGCCGGACCGCGCCUGGACCGCGCCCAAGCCCGAGCCACAGAAGGCCCCGCCCACCCGCGGGCGCAGGCCGCGGGCCGGGGAGCCGGGCGCGCGCAGUGACGUCACUACCUCGCGCCUGAAUAAGGCCCUGCUCCGGCCUCGACCCCGGCACGCUUGGCUUCUCUGGACGCCCAGGAGGAUACACAUGGCUCGCGAGCUGCGGACGCUGCUGCUGUGGGGCUGCCGCCUGUGGGCCCCGGCGCUGGCGGUCGCCCGGGGAGGAAAACCAGUUCUGUGUCCUUGGAGGCCCCCAGCCCAGUCCUGGAGUCCCAGGCAAAGCCUGGCUUCAAGCUCCCACGUUGGAAGGCUGUUCAGCUCCCAGGCUGCUGAGGACCGGAAGGAGGAGCCCCUGCACUCCAUCAUCAGCAGCUCAGAGACCGUGCAGGGAUCUGUUUCCAAACAUGAGUUCCAGGCUGAGACAAAGAAGCUUCUGGACAUCGUUGCCCGUUCCUUGUACUCAGAAAAAGAGGUGUUCAUGCGGGAGCUGAUCUCCAAUGCUAGCGACGCCUUGGAAAAGCUGCGUCAUAAGCUGGCGUCUGAAGGCCAGACGCUGCCGGAAAUGGAGAUUCACUUGCAGACUGAUGCCGAGAAAGGCACCAUCACGAUCCAGGACACUGGCAUCGGGAUGACACAGGAGGAGCUGGUGUCCAACCUGGGAACCAUUGCCAGGUCGGGGUCGAAGGCCUUUCUGGAUGCGCUCCAGAGCCAGGCGGAGGCCAGUAGCAAGAUCAUCGGCCAGUUUGGAGUGGGUUUCUACUCGGCCUUCAUGGUGGCUGACAGAGUCGAGGUCUAUUCUCGCUCGGUGGACGCAGGCAGCCCUGGGUACCAGUGGCUUUCAGACGGCUCUGGGGUGUUUGAAAUCGCUGAAGCCUCAGGAGUUAGAACCGGGACCAAAAUCAUCAUCCACCUCAGGGAAGACAGCAGAGAGUUCACCAGCGAGGCUCGGGUUCGAGAUGUGGUGACAAAGUACAGCAAAUUUGUCAGCUUCCCCUUGUACCUGAACGGAAGGCGCAUUAAUACCCUGCAGGCCAUCUGGAUGAUGGACCCCAAGGAUGUGGGCGAGGGUCAGCACGAGGAAUUCUACCGCUACAUCACUCAGGCCCAUGACAAGCCUCGCUACACACUGCACUACAAGACGGACGCGCCUCUCAACAUCCGCAGCCUCUUCUACGUGCCGGAAACGAAACCAACCAUGUUUGAUGUGAGCCGGGAGCUGGGCUCCAGUGUCUCGCUGUACAGCCGCAAGGUCCUCAUCCAGACCAAGGCCACCAACAUCCUGCCCACGUGGCUGCGCUUCAUUCGAGGUGUGGUGGACAGCGAGGACAUCCCCCUGAACCUCAGCCGGGAGCUCCUCCAGGAGAGCGCGCUGAUCAGGAAACUCCAGGGAGUUCUACAGCAGAGGCUAAUAAAAUUCUUCAUUGACCAGAGUAAAAAAGAUGCUGAGAAAUAUGCCAAGUUUUUUGAAGAUUACGGCUUGUUCAUGAGGGAGGGCAUCGUGACCACGGCUGAGCAGGAGGUCAAGGAGGAUAUCGCAAAGCUGCUGCGGUACGAGUCGUCGGCACUGCCUGCCGGGCAGCUGACCAGCCUCCCAGACUAUGCCAGCCGCAUGCAGGCCGGCACCCGCAGCAUCUACUACCUGUGCACCCCCAGCCGGCACCUGGCGGAGCACUCGCCCUACUAUGAGGCCAUGAAGUGGAAAAACACAGAGGUUCUCUUCUGCUAUGAGCAGUUUGAUGAGCUGACCUUGCUCCACCUUCGUGAGUUUGACAAGAAGAAGCUGAUGUCUGUGGAAACGGACAUCGUUGUCGACCACUACAAGGAGGAGAAGUUUGAGGACGGCUCCCCAGCUGGCGACCGUCUGUCAGAGAAGGAGACAGAGGACUUGAUGGCCUGGAUGAGAAACGCGCUAGGGUCCCGUAUCACCAAUGUGAAGGUGACUCUUCGGCUGGACACCCACCCUGCAAUGAUCACGGUGCUGGAGAUGGGGGCCGCCCGGCACUUCCUGCGCAUGCAGCAGCUGGCCAAGACCCAGGAGGAGCGUGCUCAGCUGCUGCAGCCCACGCUGGAGAUCAACCCCAGGCACACACUCAUCAAGAAGCUCAGUCAGCUGAGAGAUAGCGAGCCUGACCUGGCCCAGCUGCUGGUGGAUCAGAUCUACGAGAAUGCCAUGAUCACAGCGGGGCUCGUCAAUGACCCCCGACCCAUGGUCAGCCGCCUGAACCACCUGCUCAUCAAGGCCCUGGACCGACACUGACAGCUGUGAAAGCCCCAGGUCCUCCUGCAGUGUUAGGGCUGCAGGAGAGGGGACAGAUGAAACCAUGGGACAAGGCAGCCUGAGACCAGUCAUGGAGUUGGGGGGGUGGGAUGGGGACGAUGACACAGGAAGGACUGGAUGCUGCAGAUGAGAACACCUGCUUUUGAGCUUUAUUUACUUAAAAGGUAUUUCUUUCUUAA